CCGGGCUGUUCGCGCUGAGGGGUCCCUCUCCCUGAGCCUGAGGGCCCUCCCGGCCCCUCGCCGCCCCUCGCCGCCAUGCGAUUUCGGGCUAAGAUCGUGGAUCUCGCCUGCCUUAACCACUUCAGCCGUAUCGUUAACACAAUCGCCAAGUUAGCCAAGACCUGCAUCCUGCGCCUUACUGUCUGCAAGCUGUACUUCAUCCUCUCCGAUAAAGUAGCAAAUGGAGGCGCCAGUAUGUGGUGUGAGCUGAGCCAGGGGAAUUUCUUCGACGAAUUUCAGAUGGAAGGAGUAGCUGCAGAGCAUAAUGAAAUCUAUUUAGAGUUGGUGCCUGAGAACCUGUCAAGAGCAUUAAAAACUGCCCAGAAUGCUAAGGCAGUGAAGAUCAAGUUGACUAAUAAACACUGUCCCUGUCUCAGUGUUGCUGUGGAGCUACCAUCCUUAUCAAGCAGCAGCAGGAUUGUUACACAUGACAUUCCUGUGGGAGUUAUUCCUAGAAGAAUGUGGAAUGACUUCAGAGAGCCCAGUGUGCCGGACUUUGAUGUCAGUAUUUACCUACCAGCGCUGAAAACAAUGAAGAGUGUUGUGGAAAGAAUGAAGAAUCUCAGCAAUUUCAUUGUGAUUGAAGCAAAUUUGAGCGGUGAAAUGAACUUGAAAAUAGAAACUGACUUAGUAUCGGUAACAACACAUUUUAAAGACCUGGGAAAUCCUCCCUGGGCAUCAGAGGAUGGAUGUCAAAGUUCUGCUCAAGGCAGAGAUCCGGAAAGUAUGGCUGAAGUAUGCAUAGACAUCAAGAAGCUGCAGCAGCUGCUUGCUGGACAGCAGGUCAAUCCUACAAAAGCAUUGUGCAAUAUUGUACGUAAAAGAAUUGUCCACUUCAUCUUGCUCCAUGAGGAGGUUUCACUUCAGUAUUUUAUACCAGCAGUUGCCUGAAUGUUUUGGAAUUUUGGUCAUUUUCCAACUUGAGGCCUCUUCCAUCAAGUCUGAAAUCUUUCCUACGUUGCUGGAGUAUUUUGAUGUGAAACACUGUUAGACACAGCCUUCAGAUGGAUAUUAUUCAAAUAUUUAUGAAAGUAUUCAAAAUACCUCCUCAUCCAGACAGACAUUAUUGUGAAGAAUUAUAUGCUAUGAAAGACACAAUGCUGGGAAGCGUUGGUUAUGUCUUUCUCUUAGGAGGAGCAAGACUGAAAUUUGCCUUACCCACAGCUCAAAGCAUUCCAAAAGCACACUCAGUUAAAUACUUCAGUCUCCUUAAAAGACUAAAGGUAGAAUUCACCUCUGGAGCUGCUGCUGUGUGUAUUCAGUAUUGAGCAAUGCAAUCCAAGUUAAGGGAUCUCUGAGCAAGCUAUCAUACCUCCAUGAAACUGGAGAGCCUUCUGGAGGGUUGCCAGAUUGGUAUUUGCCUGAACAAGUAUUCACAGCCCUCCUGAAGUGGUACGGAAUUGAAUUCUGUUCCUUUAGAAAUCUUUUGAUUAGGCUUGCUCCAACAUACCUCAGUAGUUCUGUUUGUGCUUACUCUUUGUUUACCUCUUGGCCUGAGAGAACGAACAAAACAGUCUGGAUUACUUCGUUAAUGUGAGCAGUGAAAUUCCCUAUGUACAGAAUGAAUAUCGUAUGAGGACAUGCAUGAGCACAGCAAUUGGUGUGAAAUAAAGAACAAGUUAUCUGUGGAUCA